AUGAGGACCCCCGCCGCUUCUCUCCUCGCCUUCGCCCUCCCGGCGUUGGCCACUGCCGGCGGCCACGGCGGCUCGUCAGGACUCGGCUGUGACUCGCAGCGGCCCCUGGUGUCGUCGGAGAAGCUGCAGUCCCUGAUCAAGAAGGAGGACCUGCUCGCUGGCUCCCAGGAGCUCCAGGACAUUGCUACGGCCCACGGGGGCCACCGCGCCUUCGGCAGCAGCGGCCACAAUGCCACCGUCGACUUCCUCUACUACACGCUCAAGGCCCUCGACUACUACAAUGUGACCAAGCAGCCCUUCAAGGAGAUCUUCUCGUCCGGCACCGGCUCGCUCACCGUCGACGGCGAGGACAUUGAGGCCGAGACGCUGACCUACACCCCGAGCGGCUCGGCGACCGACAAGCCGGUCGUCGUCGUGGCCAACGUGGGCUGCGACGCCGCCGACUACCCGGCCGAGGUGGCCGGCAACAUCGCCUUGAUCAAGCGCGGCACCUGCACCUUCAGCCAGAAGUCGGUCAACGCCAAGGCCGCCGGCGCCGUCGCCGCCAUCAUCUACAACAACGCCGAGGGCAAGCUCUCGGGCACCCUGGGCCAGCCCUUCCUGGACUACGCCCCGGUCCUGGGCAUCACCCUCGAGGCCGGCGAGGCCCUGCUGGCCAAGCUCGCCGGGGGCCCCGUCACCGCCACCCUCCAGAUCGACGCCCUCGUCGAGGAGCGCGUCACCUACAACGUCAUUGCCGAGACCAAGGAGGGCGACCACAGCAACGUGCUCGUCCUCGGCGGCCACACCGACUCGGUCCCUGCCGGCCCGGGCAUCAAUGAUGACGGCUCCGGCACCAUCGGCAUGCUCACCGUUGCCAAGGCCCUGACCAAGUUCCGUGUCAAGAACGCAGUCCGGUUCGCCUUCUGGAGCGCGGAGGAGUACGGCCUGCUCGGCUCGUACGCCUACAUCAAGUCAAUCAACAGCUCGGCGGCCGAACUGUCCAAGAUCCGCGCCUACCUCAACUUCGACAUGAUUGCCAGCCCCAACUACAUCUACGGCAUCUACGACGGCGACGGCAACGCCUUCAACCUGACGGGCCCGGCCGGCUCCGACGUGAUCGAGCGCAACUUCGAGAACUUCUUCAAGCGCAAGCACACGCCCUCGGUGCCGACCGAGUUCUCGGGCCGGUCCGACUACGCGGCCUUCAUCGAGAACGGCAUCCCGUCGGGCGGCCUGUUCACGGGCGCCGAGGUGCUCAAGACGGAGAGGGAGGCGGAGCUGUUCGGCGGCCGGGCCGGCGUCGCCUACGACGUCAACUACCACCAGGCCGGCGACACCGUCGACAACCUCGCCCUCGACGCCUUCCUGCUCAACACCAAGGCCAUCGCCGACUCGGUCGCCACCUACGCCCUCAGCUUCGACGGCCUGCCCCGCGUCGACGGCAAGAAGAGGCGCUGGGACGCCCACCGCGCCCGCAUGCUCAAGCGCAGCGCCGGCUCCCACGGCCACGCCCACCUCCACUCGGGGCCCUGCGGCGGCGGCGCGAGCAUCUAACUGACUUCUUUUUUUGGAUUUCUAAUCGAUCCGCUUUAUCGAGAGGGUUGUUAUAAUUUCGAAAGGGCGGUUUUUAUGCUCGAGUAUUAAUAACUGCAUGAAUAUGAUGGUGACGAAUGAAAUUCAAGUCAAAACGUG